GCGGAGCAAGCGGGUGACAUGGAGAUGGCGGAAGGUAAAGAAACCUCUUCCCUUCGGCCCGGCGUCGUGAGGAGGAGGGAGGGGGAAUUCAAGAUAAUCUGGCUUCUGUUGGUCAUAUUCUGCUGGUUCUAUCUGGCAAAGGAGGAGUAGGAAAAAGCACCAUAACAACAGAAUUGGCCCUGGCGUUGAGGCAUGCAGGGAAGAAGGUUGGAAUUCUGGACAUUGAUCUAUGUGGUCCCAGCAUCCCGCGGAUGCUGAAUGUUCUCCAUAGUGCCGUGCACCAAUGUGAUGCUGGAUGGGUACCAGUUUACGUAGACAGCGAUAAAACAAUGUGCUUGAUGUCAAUAGGCUUUCUCUUGGAGAGUCCAGAUGAUGCUGUGAUUUGGAGAGGGCCAAAGAAAACAGCUCUUAUCAAGCAAUUUAUUUCGGAUGUGGCAUGGGGCGAACUUGACUAUCUGAUUGUAGACACUCCUCCUGGAACCUCUGAUGAACAUAUCUCGGUGGUGGAGGCCCUUCGCCAGCAUAAACCUGAUGGAGCUCUCUUGGUUACGACACCUCAGGCAGUGUCCAUAGGAGAUGUAAGAAGGGAACUGACAUUCUGCAAGAAAACUGGCUUACCUGUCAUAGGAAUAAUUGAAAACAUGAGUGGCUUUGUCUGCCCAAACUGUUCUGAAUGCACGAAUGUAUUUUCCAGAGGAGGUGGAGAAGCACUUGCUGAGCAGUCUGGGGUCCCCUUUCUAGGGCGUGUUCCUCUCGAUCCACAACUGACGCAGAGUCUGGAAGAUGGUCGAGAUUUUAUCCAAGCCUUUCCAAAGAGCGCAGCCUUUGAUGCCAUUAAUAAAAUAAUGGCAAAGAUUUUAAACAAUGAUAAUGAAUUUUCUGCACACAACACAUGAAUACACAAAGAACUGUAGAUGCUGGUUUACUAAAAAAAAGACACAAAGUGCUGGAGUAACCAAGCAGAUUAGGCAGCAUCUCUGGAGAUCAUGAAUAGGUGACGUUUUAGGUCAGGACCCUUCAUCAUACUUCAGUGGAGUCUGAAGAAAUAUCCCAAUCUGAAACGUCACCUAUCUAUGUUCUCCAUAUAAACUACCUGACCCACUGAGUUACUCCAGCACUUUGUGUCUUUACAUGAACCUAGAAACGAAUCUGUCAUUUAAGCUUUCAAGCUUGUUCUACAGUUCAGUGAAACUAUCGCUGACUUGAGAGCUAAUGUCUUUGCCCAAAAUCUCGUGAUAAUAAUCUCAUGAUAAUGUAUCAAAAUCUGUCACGGCAUUUAAAAUCAAUAAUUGACUUGGCGCCAGUUGGCAUUUGUGGAGGAGGAUUUUGUACCUCCAUAAUAUUUUGAGUGGAGAAGGAUAUCUUAACACUCGAAAGAACUGCCUUAAUUUUCUAGACUGUGUCCCUGACUCUUAAGUCACCAGAAAUAGUUUUUGUCUGUCUACAUCGGUCAAUUCCCCAAUAAUAUCUUGAAAACAAUCAUGUUUUCUCAUCAUUCUUAACUUCCAGGGAAUACAAUCAUUCCUUACUAGCAAUAAAUAUCAAAUAUUAUUCUUUGUAAAAAUUUUAUUGGAUAGCACGAAUGGAGGAUUGGAGAGCAGAAGCAUUUGGAUUCCUUGGGAUGUGGUAACAUUCCUGGGAUAUAGCAAUAUGAUGAUGAAUAUUUAUUCCAGAAAUGGAAAUAUGUUUUAUAAAUACUGGAACACAAAUAUCUUUGUAAUGCUGACUGAAAAUGUAUAUUAAAAAAUAAAUGCUGUGCUGUGCACCCAGUUAAUUUUA